AGAAUAUACCGAAAAAUCGCCGGAAAAAGUAAAAGAAAAUUUAGAUACUAAAUCCAAUGGUAUAGCUAAUUCAGCUGGUAGGCGGGGAUCACUGCAAUUAUGGCAGUUUCUCGUAGCUCUAUUGGACGCCCCGGACGCUAGUGCUGGAUGUAUAGCAUGGACAGGAAGGGGCAUGGAAUUUAAAUUAAUAGAACCAGAAGAGGUAGCCCGGCGUUGGGGGGCACAAAAGAAUCGCCCAGCCAUGAAUUACGAUAAAUUAAGUAGAUCUUUGCGAUAUUAUUAUGAAAAAGGGAUAAUGCAAAAAGUAGCUGGAGAAAGGUAUGUGUAUAAAUUUGUUUGUGAUCCAGAAGCCCUAUUCAAUAUGGCUUACGGAGGCCAUGCCGACAAUAGUAUAAAAUUCCAAUCAGCUGUUCGAUCAGAAAACUCCAGUAUAAAAGUUGAACCACAGCAUCAUCUUGGUUAUACUGAUAUGCUCAAUUUUUAUAACUGUGGCAUUGCACAUUCCUAUCAACAUUUGCAUCCUUACCUGCAAGAUUCCAAACACACACGCUUCACCUAAUUAGUAUAAUUCAUACCUAAAAUAUAAACAGAAAAUGAAAUUUUAAUCUUUAACUUAUAUACCCGUCAAUGUAUCGUAUAAUGUAAAGCAUUAAAAUUUCGAAA